AUGUCUUGCCCACUCCUUCAAAGUCUCAAGAGCCUUCCAACCCGUGCUCUCUUUACUCUCGCAUCCAGUAUCAUCAGCUAUGAUGAAAUAAACAAGGCCAAAGACGAAGAAUCUGGCGUCAUCAAUGACUCAGAUCUUGCCGAGCGUGCCUAUUAUGGCAUGGGCGACAAACUACUGGCCCAAGGCGACUUCAAUGAAAUGACACGCUUGCACAUGCAGCGUGCGCUCCAAGAGAGAGGCUGGGUCAAGAAUGGCGAGGAGGUUAACAUGACAGACUGGAAGCUACGACUUCGAUUGUUCUCCAUGACAAGGUUUACCGAGUCGCAGGCUAAAGAGCAAGCGAAGGGUGCGCAGGCGAAAGACUCGGCUUCCGAGAGCGAGUCUAUAGUCAGAAGUCACUCGAACUCGAGUGAAGAUACGGUCGGCUAG